CCCCUGGACACCCCUCAGGACCCCCAGGACACCCCCAGGACACCCCUCGGGACCCCCUGGACACUCCUCAGGACCCCCUGGACCCCCCUGUGGGACCCCGUGGUCAUUCCCUCCAGGAGCCCCCCCCAGACCCCUCUCUGGGACCCCCUGGACACCCCUCAGGGACACCCUGAGACCCCCCAGGGUCCCCUUGGGCCAGUCCUGGACUCCUCCUGGCACAGCCCGGACACUGCCCCUGGAUGGCCCCCAGACCCUUUUUUGUACAAAACCCCCCAAUAAAGGGCAAAUCGGACCCUGGCGUGCGAUUGGCCGAACCCUGAGGCCCCGGACACCCCCCCCUCCCGCGGUGUGGGGGGGCUCAGCCCACGCAGGGGGGGAUUGGGGGGAUUUAGCUCUGAGCCGGCGGCGGGGGGGGGCCCGGGGGGGCUCCCAGAGCUCCCCGGGAGGAGGAGAAAGGCCCCGGGAGCCCCAGGGAGCGGCCCCGACAUCGGGGGCCGUGGGGAGGGGGGACCCCCAGGCGUCCCGGGGAGGGGGGGGACCCAGGUGUCGGGGGGACCCCCAGGUGCUGGGGGGGGGUCAGGGGAGGGGGGGUCAGCGGGGUGUCCGUGGGGUCAUGGUGCCCUGAGCUGCCAUGCAGUUCAACAAGGAGGAAUUCCGGCGCCAGGUGGGGGCCGGGCUGGGCCGCCUGCACAGGUUCCUGGAGCGGCGGCAGGACGAUGCCGAGGGCCUGGAGCUGAGCUCGGGGGGUGGGUCCGGGGGGGGCACCCCGAGCGUGCCCCGUCCCCCCGUGGUGGACUGCACGUUCUGCGGGCUGCCCCGGCGCUACGGCAUCGCCAUCCUCUGCGGCAUCGGCUUCUGCAUCAGCUUCGGCAUCCGCUGCAACCUGGGCGUGGCCGUGGUCAGCAUGGUCAACGGGGCACCCGGGCAGGUACGGGGUCAGUGGGGUCAUGGGGUCAGCAUGGUCAACGGGGCACCCGGGCAGGUACGGGGUCAGUGGGGUCAUGGGGUCAGCAUGGUCAAUGGGGUCAGCAUGGUCAACGGGGCACCCGGGCAGUCACUGGAAAAUACCCAGAACCCCCACAAAAAGACCCCAAAUUACUGA